AUGGAGUCUCCCAUGCCCAGCAGCAACGGCGGCUUGUCGCCGCGCUCUUUUGCCAUACAACACCAGCGCCCGCGGAUCAGCUUUACAGGAUGCUCCAGAAUCACCGAUUAUGAGGUACUCGGCAAGCUUGGCGAGGGUACCUUUGGUUCAUCGCGCGCAAAGCCCUUCCAGGCCAUGCGUAACGACCCAAGACCACUUGAGGCUGACGACAAUCUCCAGUUUCCCAUUACCGCGCUCCGAGAGAUCAAGCUCUUGAAACUGCUCUCCCACGAUAAUAUCCUUCGUCUCGAAGAUAUGGCAGUGGAGCACCCCCCUAGAUGUAAGGCACCCAACCAUGCCACCCCGUUGUCCGAGUGCGGGACGCAAUGGCUAACCAUUUCCCCAGCGAACGAUGUGAAACGAAAACGACCGAUCAUGUACAUGGUUACACCUUAUAUGGACCACGAUCUUUCUGGACUCCUCGAUAACCCCUCGGUCACAUUUACCGAACCCCAAAUCAAAUGCUACAUGUUGCAGCUUCUCGAAGGCCUGCGGUAUCUACAUGAUCAACAUAUCCUUCACCGAGACAUGAAGGCUGCCAAUCUGUUGAUCAACAACAAAGGAAUCCUCCAGAUUGCCGAUUUUGGUCUGGCCAGACACUACGACGGGCCCACGCCCAAGGCCGGCCAGGGAGGUGGAGAUGGCAAGCGGGAGUAUACCGGCCUGGUCGUCACCAGAUGGUACAGGCCUCCCGAGCUUCUGCUGCACCUGAAGAAGUACACGACUGCUAUUGACGUUUGGGGGGUUGGUUGCGUGUUUGGUGAGAUGCUUACCGGGAAACCGAUCCUUUCGGGCGACAGCGACGGCCAUCAGCUGGAUAUCAUCUGGGACCUCGUGGGCUCGCCGACGCCACAAAACAUGCCGCUGUGGAGCACACUUCCUGGCUCCGAGGGGCUGCAACCGCGGUCCCGCCCCGGCAACUUGUCCACGAGGUUCAGGGAACACGGUUCGGCCGCCAUCUCGUUGCUCAAAGAGCUUCUGAAGCUGGACUGGAAAACACGCAUCAACGCCAUCGAUGCGCUGCAGCACCCGUACUUCAAGAUGUCGCCUCUGCCGGCCAAGGCGCCCCGAGCUCCCGACGUUUGA